CCUGGCUCUGACGUGAUGGCGCUUCCUGACUGGGUUCUACCUAUCACUGUCUCCGUAUCGUUCGUCUCAUUAUGUUUAUUUGUUCGCUUCAGACGCACCGCACAGCUACUUUGGAGGAAAAUAUUUAGCAAAAUAAUGGCUCGCACAGAGAAGCCAUUAUUCAGAAUAGCGUACACAUUGUACACCAAGACCAGUCUUGGGUACAUGUUUUACAAGAGGCAGAUGAGGAAAGCUCGGCAACGCUACCCAACUGGACACUCCACAGUUCUGCCAAUGCAAUUUACUGGUAUGAAAAUCAUUCCCAUCUCUGUUCUGUCAGACAACUACAGCUAUCUCAUUAUUGACACCACCUCUAGCGUUGCGGCUGUUGUAGACCCGGCAGACCCUCAAACUGUUCAGGCCGUGCUCGAGGAGGAGGGCGUGACACUAGAAGCCAUCCUCUGUACACACAAGCAUUGGGAUCACAGCGGGGGAAACAAAUUGCUGAAAAGGCGUCAUAGCGCAUGUAGAGUUUAUGGAAAUGCAGCCGAUAACAUUCCCGGCCUGACGCACCCUCUGUCACACAAGGACUCGGUAACAGUCGGUUGUUUGCACUUCAAGGCCCUCUUCACCCCAGGACACACAGUGGGCCACAUGAUCUACCUGCUGGAUGGCCAGGUACCGGGUGCUCCAAAAAGUCUUUUCUCUGGUGACCUGGUCUUUCUCUCAGGAUGCGGGAGGAUGUUUGAGGGCAGCGCCACAACAAUGUUGUCAUCGCUCGACACUGUCGGCUCCUUAAGUGAUGAUACUCUUCUUUGGCCCGGUCACGAAUAUGCCACGGACAAUCUGCUGUUCGCCACUGAGGUGGAGCCACGCAAUGCAGCCAUGGAAAACAAAUAUCAGUGGGUGCUGCAGCAGCGAGGCCUGAAGCGCUGCACGUGUCCUUCAACAAUUGGAGAGGAGAAGGCGUACAAUCCUUUCCUGCGCACUCACUGCACAGACCUCCAUCUGGCGCUCGGAGUCCAGCAGAUGGAGACCGAGGACUGGACUGAGUUUCGGGCUCGCAUCCUGGAGGAGCUGCGUAGACGCAAAGACCAACACAGCAGAAGAUGACAAUGAGAGCUGAAGCCAGACAAUGGAACAGUAGACGUACGCCUUGCUAAUCUUGGUUGAUACGGUCUAAAGAUAAGCCAAGGCUGAGCUUUGCUUUAGAAUGCAAGGUCAAGCCCAACCUUACAUAGUUUUAUUGCACUCUAUUGUUUCCUGCACAACUUUUGUUAGUGUGACAUCAAGAGUUUAAGUGAAAUUUCAUUAAUGAAGCAAUCACAAAUGAGGAAUGGUGAGUGGGCCUCAGCACUUCUCAAAUAAUGUACAUAUAGUGUGAGCUACUUGAAAUUUAAUAGGCAUAGUUCAAAUGACUUGGAGCUAUGACAUUUAUAUGGUACAUGAUGUUUUCCAAUGCGAAUGGACUUGAUGUUUAAAGAUGCAAUUAUAAUUAAAUGUGACUGACGUUUGCACUUGACCUGCAUUGUCAAAAAGAAUGCUUUCACGAAACAGCAUAACAUUUUGGAAAAUAAUCUUUAUACAUGUUUUGAUUUAUUGUAUGUUUAUCAGUUCAUUGUACUGUGAUACAAAUCCCUCUGUAUAAUAGCACAUGUAUUCUUUCAGUUGACUGUUGGAGAGAGAAAAUAGAAUGCAGCCUGUGUGUUUGUGGGAAAGCUGGGGAAAGAACUAACCUGAAAGAUAUGAAAGCGCUUUAGAUUCUAGUUUCUGUCUGGAAGUUUAAAACCAAAGCAGAAUAUCCCCUGGUGACUGUUGACUAAAAUAUUAUUCUGGUUGUUUGAUGCAGUUGCAUAUCUGAUUUGCAUAUGUUUGAGUUCAGAACACAACCGCACGGGAAACACUUUGACUUUAGGUUAUGUUUUAAUGAGGAAAUAUUCAAGUAAACUUUUUCCAUUGGAA